AUGCUCGGCGGGCAGGCGUUGCAGGGUUCGAGGAUCAUUGCCGCUGCCCGAAGAGAGCUCGACGCCGACGGCUUUCGCCAUAUGGCCGAGGCGGCGCUCAGGAAUCAUGCGGGGCCGGGCAAGCUCGAUCCCGAUCAGUUGGCAGUCUUCCUCGCCAUGCUCGACUAUGUGCGCAUCGAUGCGGAGGGCGAGGGCGGCUGGGCUUCACUCUGCGACAGGCUCGAGGGCUCGGAGCGCAUGCGGGCCUUCUACCUUUCGGUGGCGCCGCAAUUAUUCGGCCCGAUCAGCGAACGGCUGGCGACGAGUGGCUGCCGGACGCCGGACACGCGCUUGGUCGUCGAGAAGCCGCUGGGCCGCGAUCUCGAGAGCGCGCAGGCGCUGAACCGCCAGCUCGCGACGCUGUUCGAAGAGCGCCAGAUCUACCGGAUCGACCACUAUCUCGGGAAGGAGACGGUGCAGAACCUGAUGGCGCUGCGCUUUGCCAAUGCGCUGUUCGAACCGAUCUGGAACGCGCGCCAUGUCGACCAUGUGCAGAUCACCGUCGCCGAGCGGGUCGGUGUCGGCGGCCGGGGCGCCUAUUAUGACCGGAACGGCGCGAUUCGGGACAUGAUGCAGAACCAUCUUCUGCAACUGCUCUGCCUCAUCGCCAUGGAGCCGCCGGCGCAUUUUGAGCCGGAUGCGGUGCGCGACGAGAAGCUUAAGGUGCUGCGCAGCCUGAAACCGCUGGACGGGCUUGGCGACGUGGUGCGCGGCCAGUAUCGCGGUAUCAAUGGCGAGGCGGGCUAUUGCGAGGAUGCGGAGAACCCCGGAUCGCGCACUGAAAGCUUCGUGGCGAUCAAGGCGGAGAUCGCCAACUGGCGCUGGAACGGGGCGCCGUUCUAUCUGCGCACCGGAAAGCGGCUACGGGCGCGGAUGUCCGAGAUCGCCGUCGUCUUCAAGGACGCGCCACAUUCGAUCUUCCCCGAGAGCGCGGGUGGCACGCGUCCGAACGUGCUGGCGAUCAGGCUGCAGCCCGACGAGGGGAUCACGCUGAGACUGACUAUCAAGGAGCCGGGCCCCGGCGGCAUGCGGCUCUGCGAGGCGCCGCUCGACAUGACCUUUGCCGAGACCAUGGGUGCAGAGGGCCUGAGCAUGCCGGACGCCUAUGAGCGGCUGGUGAUGGAUGUGAUACGCGGCGACCAGACGCUGUUCAUGCGCGGUGACGAGGUCGAGGCGGCCUGGCGCUGGAUCGAUCCGAUCAUCGCUGCGGCGGAGGCCGCGCCCGAGCGGCCGCAAUCCUAUGACAGCUAUUCAUCGGGCCCUGAAGAUGCGCUGAUGCUGAUGCAUCGCGACGGCCGGCGCUGGCGCGCGGUCGCGGCGUGA